ACUUUGUGUGCAUGCUUGCAUGUGUGUAUGUGUUUGUGUGUGUGUGUGUGUUUGAAACCACAGUUCAGGCGCGCUGUUACUUAGGCAACAAAAACAAAACAGGAACAUUUGCUCUUGAUUUUUAACCUGAUUAAAUAUAGCACAUUCAUUUUUCUAAAAGCUCUGAAGUUCACAGUCUGGUUUCUUCCACGAUUGCUUUAUUCGUUUUAAAGUUUUGAGAAGAAGCGAGGAGGAAACUUUUUCAUGGCCUGAUUUUGACAGGAAGUCACUGUGAGACAAAGAGCACCUGCAGUUCUUAUCAAAGAUGGAACAAAACCUCGCUGAUAUGCUGAAAGAUGCUUUCUCAGAAGUUGAUCCAGAUUUUGGCAGUCUACAGUUCGAGGAGAGCAUUACUGCAUCUCAAACACAGCCAGUCACCGAUGCAGAGUUUGAAUUGAAAGACACCAGCCGACUCUGGGAAACUUCUGACCAGAAUGAAGGUUCAUUCGAGACCUUUACCAAGGUUUUUGAGACAGAAAAGACUGAAGAUCCUGAUCCUGAUGACAGUACUGAUAGCAGUGAGGAGACUGACCUAAGUAAUCCAACUGGAUUUGCAAUUAAUCCAGGCCAAGAAAUGAAAUAUGUCAAAGAUCAGGCUGUAGGAAAGGCUGCAUCUGACACCCCAAGAGCACGACUAGAACACCAGGCCUGCAUUGAGCACACUACCGAGGAAGAAGGCUACAGCAGUAGUGAUGAAGAAACAAAUACUUGUAUGCCCCCUGAAUUUGGUGUUGGUCAUGCCAGGACAUUGGCAGAAGAAAAUAAAGACAAUGAUCUUAACCAGGAGGGAACCAUCAAACUCAAAAUCCAGGAAUCUGUUGGGAAUCAAGGAAUCCAGAGCAAAGAACAUCAAGAACUAUCAUCAGCUCUAGCAUUUAAGGAGAAUCAGACCCUAGAAGAUAGGUCAUCAGGGUCAGAAGAAGGAUCAGAAGAAGAAGAAGGAUCAGAAGAAGGAUCAGAAGAAGAAGAAGAAGAAGAUGAAAAAGAAGAACCAACAGAACAAACACUUCAGUGCAAUGUUAAGAGGACAGGAUCUGCCACUGGUCGAGAUCAAGAAAUGGAUGAUCAGGUUGAAACAUUUGUAGUGCGACAAAAAAAACAGUUACAUGUUAAGUGCAAUGUCGAGGAGGAAUACAGCAUGCACAGUGAUGAAGACACCAAUGAUUCUGUGCCCUACAAAUUUGUUGGUGGUGAGGCCAACAUUUUGGGCGAAGAGAAUAAUGGAAUUGAUCUCAAUCAAGAGGGAACCGUACAACUUUCCUUGGGAUCUGUUGAGAAUCAAGGAUUGCAGAGCAAAGAGCAUCAAGAAAGACUAGAAUCAUCUGUAGACUUUGAUGAGAGCCAAACCCAAGAAGAAGGGUCAUCUGGGUCAGAAGACAAAGACGAUGAUGAUGAAGAAGAAGAAGAAGAAGAAGAAGAGGAAGAAGAAGAGGAAGGGUUGGGCAACUAUAACCCAGAAGAACCAACAGACCAGAUAUCUCUUUGCGACUCUGAUAACAGCAUGAACAAGCCUUUAACUAUCAUACAGCCAAACACAACACCUGUAGGAUUCAAUGAAGAAGAUGACCUGAAAGAGUUCACAGAAGAAGACCAAGAAGGGGUCAAGGAAAGUCUUGCAGAGUAUCCGUCAGAUUUGUUUCAAAGUGAAGUUGAAGGUGAAGAGCAUGCUGACCAUGGCAAAGACCAGCCAUCUUUACUUGUAGACAGCAGUUAUGACGACGAUUACUCCACAAAUGAGACGAUGAAGAAUUUGUCCAGUGUCGAAGGUGACGGUUUGCAAGAGGAGGAUGUCGGAUUAACAGAUUUUACGGAUUCUGAGGUCAAGAUCACGGAAGCAGAAGAUCAGAUAGUAUCAGAGAAUGUGAAGGUCCACAAAGAUGAUCUCCAGGACUCUCAAACAAAUGAAGGCGGCACCAGUGAAGAAGAUGCAAGCAAAUCCUCAAAUGUUCAACAAGACUACGACAGUGACGUCAGCAGUGACCACAGCACAAGUCACAAGGAAACCAUCCUAGCUGAUAGUUCCUCAUCUUCAUCUGUGAGGCAUGAAGAAGAAUGGAAGAGUGAGGAACAGUGUAACAACCUUAUAGAGGACCUGGGAAUGGGGAAUUACCACAGAGGUGGUAUCUUUCCAGAGAUGGACAGAGACGUCCAAACUGCAAGCCCAGUUAUCUUAAGUCAGGCAUUAAGCUCAACUUUAGAAUCAGUUCAACUGGAACAACUGGUCCAACCAUCAAUCCAAGCAGAGGAUCGAUAUCCUUCUGAACUUUUAAACAGUGUAACAGACACCAACACCUUCAUCCCUGAGGGGUUCUUAUUCUCAAAUGAAGGCAACCUGCCCUUCGACGAUUAUGACUGGAGCUUGUCAGUAGAAAAACCCAAUGAUUUGAUUUUAGAUGAAGCAGAAGAUCAAGACUACACAGAAAACUUAGCGGAGUUAGACUCUGAUGAAGAUCUGGAAGGAGUGGAACAGAAUGAGCGAGACUGGGAGCAGGAAAAGACAAGAAUCGAGGCUUUUUAUAAAUUCUACGAUGACCAGGUCGACACCGAAGACAGAUCAGAGAGGAGCCCUAAGGUCACCUUCUGUCUGGAUCAGGAAUCUUCUGAAUAUGAUGAGCAGGUCGAAAUAGAAGACAAACCAGAAGCUAAAGAACACUGCUCAAACCUGUGGGACAUGCCUGUGGAUCCUCCUGAAUUAAAUGUGAAAGAGAUUUCUGCCAAAGUUGCUUAUUCAGAGGACCGUGAAUCUUCUGACUAUGAAGAAGAUUCUGAGAGCAGUGAACAGGAACUGGACACACUCCCAGACACACCUGUAUGUGCAGUGAAGCCUGAGUACCACACCGAGUCAGAAGAUGAACCCCAGGAGAAGCUCUUCUUUACAGAAAAGCCAAAGGUUCAACCUAAGAAGCAGCAGCACAUUGACCCAGCUCAGAAUUCCCACCCUGGGAAAAGCAAGUGUGUCACUGUGCUGAAGUCAGUUUUAGCACUGGGCCUGAUGACAGCGAUUGGCGUGGUGUCAUUCUGUUGGGCAACAGACAAUCUGGACUGGAUGCACUGAAUCGGCACCUUCGUGUUCCUGCCUGUACAGUGAUAAACAGUAAAAAAAAGCAGGCUGGAGGAAUCAAUAUCCUGCUUAAAAUAUGAUGUUCCUGGCUUUGGUGUAGGUGUAAAUAUAGAAAAAGGGGCAUGGCAUGCUCUGUGAAGUUUAACUGCAAAGAGAAAAGAGAGAAAAACAUUCGUAUCUCAGUGAUGUAAUCAUUACAAAACAGACAGCUGAUGAGUCAGUUGAGAUACAGCCAAUUUUAUUUCCUUGCAGAUUACAACCUUCUCACAUGCUUCUCACACAAAACAGUCUGUUUUAAUGGUGCAAGUAGAUUUCUCUCUCGCGAAAUGAUGCACUUGUACUUGUUCUGUGUAAUUACAGAUUAUCAUCAGGGUGAUUUUUUUCCCUACAUUUUUCUCCUCUAUAGGCACAUAAUCCUGUUUUACCACCAUCAGUUAAAUCAAAUUCCUCUAAACAUGCCAUGCAGUUAGUGUAAUCAGGGGGCUGAAUACUGUGAGGCACCUUUUUGUUACUGAAGCGUGAGGUACACAGUCGUGUCGUGCUGCACGCUAUCACUUCUCUGCAGCUAAAAAUGACUUCCUGCCAUCAUGCCGUCCUGAAAUUUCAACCUAAUCUGUCUCUGUGGUUCAGUGCUUUGCCUGCUGUAGAGAAUGAUGCAUAGAAUUAAACAAGCAGAGAUGAAUUUGCUUGCAGAAUGUUUGUUUGCAACACAAGCUGCUCCUAGCAAGCAAAAGUAGAGUUGCAGCAUUUGUGAUAAAUAUAAUUAAAAAAAAUAAUAAUAUUGUUUCAAUGAAUGAAUGUAGUAUAAGAGCUUCAACCUGUAUCAAAUAGGAUGAAUUCAGGGGUCAGUAUCAAUAUAAUGUGCCUUUUUGUGUCACAGCAUGAUGUAGUUGUUCAAAUGUCAUAUUACACACAUAGAGGAAUGUUAAUCUUCACUUUAAAUAACUUUUUUUUCUUCAUUUAAUACAGUUUUCUAUGAUGAAAUGUUUAAAACGUUCAAAUUUCAGUUUCAAUUCCCUGUACAUGAUGUCAUUUAGGGAUAACCCCACACAGCUGCCAUUAUCAUCAAGAUCACAAGCUUCACACUGUUUCAUUUUCAAUAGACUGAAGAGUAAAGACACUUUCUGCUGCACGUUCGGCAAUAAAUACUAUUUUAUUUUAACGUAAUAUUCAGCAUAUUGUCUCUAUACUUAGCUAAAGUAAAGUUUAAAAUGUCCAACCUGUGGCUGUGAAAAAUCACGUUAAUCAAAAUAAUUUUAGAUCAAUUAAAAAUUGUCAGUCUGUCUGCUCUGGACUCUGAACUUGUUAGACUAAACUCCACUUCCCAGCAUGCACUGCUGGUCACGUGACGCUACAGAGUUCCCGCUCUCCAAGCUGCUGAUUGUUGUCACCUGCCCCUCUUUGCAUAUAUACCCCUCUUUUUCUUUCACCUUCACUAAGUAUUGAAUCUAGUUUACUAGCUCUUUCUUUUACAACAUGUUUCUUCUUUUUUGCUUUUGCCUUUUUGUUGUCGACCCUUUUUGUAUUGCCGACUAUCUCAUUUUUGCCUUGCCCAGUUUAUUGUUUGUUUAGUUGCUGAGCUAUUUCUGAAAUUUUGACUUCUCUCUUGCCUUUCCCUUUUUGCUGUGUUGGAUUCCACUUGUAUGACCCUGGCUUACUUCACUACUCUCUCUAGUAUCUUGUUUAUUCUCGCUGCCAUAUUGUUAUUGAUCUUGCCUGUCCCUCACUACUUUUGUAAGCUUCUAACCCUUUGUUAAUAAACUUUAGGUAGAGUGUCUGCGUGUGUCUGUCUUGUGUCUGGCCAGCAUUACCUUGAUAUUUGAAACCACCAGAGGUCACCAUAACAGUUCAAAAUAUUAUAAUAUUAUAUUUAUAUAUACAAUAUAAUAUGAUAUAUAUGCAACUUUAGAUCAACCCAGCAUUCUCAUCAAAUGCAUCAAAUUAAAAUGAAAUUGAAUCAUUUUUAAGUUAUAAGGGGCAAAAGCACACUGAUACUGAUAC